CAACAAUUCUUCAAAUAAGAAAUCAAAACAAUACGGUUAAAUAUGGUGAGAAUUACAGUUGAAAUGGUACGAAAAAAAGCUGAACACCAUGAUUGCCUUUUAGCCCCCUUAGAGGAAAUUGCUUUACAUCAAGAAAACAUCGAGAGAAUUGAAUUCAUUCAAGACUGGUGCCCAAAACUCAAAAUACUUUUAAUGCAAAGUAAUCUCAUCGCAAAAAUUGAGAAUCUUAACAAACUGAAACACCUUACCUACCUAAAUUUGGCUCUUAAUAACAUAGAAGUGAUUGAAAAUCUACAACGAUGUGAAUCUUUGCAAAAGUUAGACUUAACUUUGAAUUUUAUCGGUGACAUUAUCAGUGUUGAAUCCCUUUCAGGAAAUUAUAAUUUAGAAAACUUAUAUUUAACAGGGAACCCCUGCACUGAUUAUGAAAACUACAGAGUCUUUGUUAUCGGUACUCUACCCCAGCUCCGUUAUUUGGACGGAAACGAAAUCGAAAGAUCUGAUAGAAUUACUGCAUUACAAAACCUACCAGUUAUACGAUCAGAUAUCCUAUUUGAACAGGAGAAUUAUAAGCAUCAAAGGAAGGCUCAAAAAACAAGACUAGAACGAGAUAUACAAAGUAAAUGGGAAAACGAAUACAAAGAUAUGGAUCCAGAUGAAAGAAAUAAAAAAUUCUGGGCUGAGAAAUGUGAACAUGCACCUGAAGUCCGUUACGAAAUUGAACGCAUGAGGAAAUUGAAGUUGAAAUCAUACGAACCAGAAAAGAAGACAGAAGAGAAACGUGUGUACAAAUUUUUCGCCGCUGACGGACGUCCCUUCAAUAUUAAUCAAGCAAAAAUUGAUUUCAAAUUCAGUGAUUCAGAACCAGAUAAAUAUGUGCUGGAUUUAGCUAUUUACAAGCACCUCGAUACAAGUCUCCUCGAUAUAGAUAUCCAGCCAAAUUACGUAAGAGUAACCAUAAGAGAUAAAAUAUUUCAAUUAUAUAUUCCCGAAGAAGUAGAUAUUUCAAAAUCAACAGCCCAGAGAUCACAAAUUACUGGUCACUUGGUUGUUACAAUGCCCAAAGUUAAUGUAAUAGUCUCCAAGCAAAAGUUAUCUAAAAGUAAACCCAUAGAAGAUUCCCAACUUAUCCAUGAACAUAAAUUGAAAGACUGUGUGAUGCAGACAGAGCAAACUAAACGUGAAUUCUUAGAAAUAGGACCGGCAGAUAAUGUUUUGGACUUUACAAAAAUGAUUGAGUCCAAGGUAACGCGCAGUUAUAUGAAUUCAAGAAUGAAUUUAGGCGAGAAAGAACCCUCACCAGACUUUAUUGAUAACCCCGAAGUGCCUGAUCUUAUAUAACAAUGAUAGCGUAUUUUUAAUAAGUCAUGAUUAAAACACAUGUAUUGUCAAUAUUGCAAA